CACUUCAUCUGUCUACAGGUUGCCAUCAAGUACGUCUCUAAACGAGGAACACAGAGACUGAGAGUUGAAGGUCAGGGUCGGCUGCCGCUGGAGGUGGCGUUGAUGACCCUGGUCAAUUCGGCUCCUGCCUGCCCCAACGUCCUGCAGCUGCUGGAGUGGUUUGACCGUCCCAGACGCUACACCAUGAUCCUGGAGCGCCCGCUUCCUUGCCAAGAUCUGGAGAGUUUCUGUGAGGAGAACGGACGCCUGGAGGAGAGUCUGGCCAAGAAAGUGCUGCUGCAGCUGAUCACGGCGCUGAAACACUGCGAGAGCCGUGGAGUCCUGCACCGGGACGUCAAACCAGAGAACCUGCUGAUCUCCACAGACUCACAUGACAUCAAGCUGCUGGACUUCGGAUGUGGAGAUCUGCUAAAAGACUCGGCCUACAAACACUUUGCAGGCACUCUUCAGUACGCCCCUCCUGAGUGGUUUCGGCAGCACCGUUAUCAUGCGGGACCGGCUACGGUUUGGUCAGUGGGGGUGACGCUCUACAACAUCCUGUGCAGCUGUUUCCCCUUCAGAGGCGCAUUGAGGGUCACCUCCAAAAGCAGACUGCUCUUUCCUAGAGAGCUGUCGACAGGCAAGAGACAGAAAUCAGGUCCAGAUCCAGGAAUCGUUGACUGGAAGUCUGUCGGUCCAGAUGUGAGGUGUGAUGGCUGUAGAUGCAUCUACAAAAACACCACUGGAUACUGUGGCCAUGAAACAAAGGGGGUCUUCACAGCGUUCUGUUCAGACGAAGAGUUUGCUGGCUUCUGUUCUGCUACUACCGCAUAAAUGAAUGAAUGAAUGAGUGGUUUAUUUAUUUAUUUAUUUUAUUUGACUU